ACAGCAAAAGCUGUCCUCUGGGGUUGCGGCCUUUCGUUUCCUCGCGAGGGCGAUAGAGAGAGAGAGAGAGAGAGAGAGGGGGGGAGAGAAAAAAGAAGGAUGAGGAAGUUCGAUCCAUGGCCCGUGUUUUUCAGGAGGGAGUUCCACCGCAACUGGCCCUUCCUCGUCGGCUUCGCCAUCACCGGCGCCGUCAUCGUCAAGUUGACCGCCGGCCUCACCGAGGAGGAUGCCAAGAACUCGCGCUUCGUGCAGGAGCACAACAGGUGAACUACAGCUGAUUUGGUUGCUGGUUUGAGCUUGUUUCCACGAUGAGGCUGGCCAAGUCCCUGAAUGUUUUGCAUUAAAACUGCGCAUGGUCUAUGUGCUUUGUGUCGAAAACUUCUUUAGUGUUUUUUAAUUGAAAAUAAAAGACUGAUGGCUGGUAUAGGGACUGUUCCUUGAAGGAUUUUAUUGCGAGUUAAUAAGAGUUUCAAACUGUUACUUGGUUUAAUAGUCAUUUUGUGCAUGUUUGUUGCCUUAUAAUAAAGUGGAUUAGGUCUCAU